AUGCAAAUUAUAGUGUUAUUUCUUUUGUUUUUGUCGAAUUUCGUUUCCGGCAAUGUACUUCAGUCGGACGGUAACACCCUCUCCGGUAUCUGUGAUAACAUUUUAUCGUCUUUGCAAAUUCUUAAUAAAAAUCAAAUUCUGAGGUUGAUAAACAGAGAUAGAUGUAGAAACUAUGAGCUACUGGGCGAGAAGAUACUCAACUUGUCAGACAAGAGUCAUAAUUACUGCUACGGAGGUGUGCAGUUUCUGUUCUGUAAUUUGAGGUACCAGCCUUAUGAGUCCAACUUUAACUGCGAACACAUAAAGGACAAGUUUAUAAAGAUUAUGAAAACGUGCUCAUCUUAUACCCCGAAUGCACUGGAGAAGAAUUGCUCCAGUAUUAAUUCUGAAAAUUUAACGAUAUUCGACUCUGUUGAAUUCUGCAGGACCAACUAUGUGACACUAAAUGAGGUCCGGGAUGGCUCAUACGAAGCAAUGUGUAAGAAUUUUGUGCUCCCCUUUGUUUUCUCAAAGUUAAUGGAGGACCCGGAAUCCUUAAAUCCUAGUGUUUGUGCAAAGGCAGACGAGAACAUAUCAAAGUCGAUAUUGAACUUAAGAGACCAGUUGAUGUUUAAAAGUAAGUCAUUCUUUGAUGCGUUCGAGUCUGAAUUCGCAUAUAAAAAAUGGGUCCAAGACCUGGAGUCGAGGCUGGAUGGAAUGGUUAUCGACUUGAGGGAUUUGAUUAACCAGUCAAAUUUGUGUUUUCAGUACCUAAAUUACCCGCACAGGUUCUUCUACGCCUACGACAACGUCGUGGUAAGUCGAAAACCGGAUAACAGUUCACAGAUAGGUGAAUUCGCUAAAGCCAAGGAAAUAGUGGACAGGAUUUACAACAAUUUCAACCAGUUAUCGCAUUUGCCUCAGGAAAUAGUGCAACUAAUAAAUCAUAUUGACAGUGUCAUUAACAUGGACAACGCGAUUAAGGAGGCAAACAUACACUUCAGAGACCUCUACACACUGUUGAGAAGGGAUAGAACUCUGCAGAAUAACAUGAGGGUGAUGGAAAGCAAUCUGAACAGAAUCAGCUUGUUCCUGCCGAACAAUAUCGCACACAUAAAACAGAAGAUAAACUCAGGCACGCCCUUCGAAGCAAACCUGGGCAAGGCGAGCAUGUUGCACCAGAGGGCUAACGAUUUCAAGAACAUUGCGUCGCUUCUGGAGGCGCAACUCACAGCUCUGUACAAAAUAAUAGCGAAGAGCAAGGACUCGAACUUCAUAAGGUCUCUCAACCUAACAUAG